CAACUCCCAAGCAGGUGAAUCCCAAAUGGGCCUAGGCCUUCGUACUUCUCAUAGUGUACUUUCUAACUUGGUGAUGGCUCUACAUCAACUGUCUCUGCUAGUAUUGGGUCCAAACUUUAUCUACAGUCUUGCUACCUUUUACUAG